UUGGCAAUGAAGAUAUAAGACAAAAAUGUUUGUAUACAAGUCGUGCCCAAUCUAGAGAAUAUCGCCAAACAAUCAACAGGAAACUAUCCACUGUUUGACCCGUUUUAAACCACCUAAGAUGUAGGAGAACUCGCCAGCAUGGUCGCCACUUCUCAGCCCACACUUCAUCCCAUGGUUUUCCAGCUUUUAAAGUAUGGCAUAUUGGCGCUUCUUUCGUUUUGUUGCUAUUAUUCGUCCCUAGAAGGGACGUUCGUGUUCGACGAUUCGGUAGCAAUAGUAAAGAAUCGGGACGUGACCGAUGCCAACAUAUCACUGAUCCAGUUGUUCCGGCAUGAUUUCUGGGGCAGCAACAUCACCGAUAAAGAUAGUCACAAAUCGUAUCGGCCCCUGACUAUCUGGAGCUUCCGGCAGGAGGUUCACCUGCUAGGCGGUGGUCAACUGAAUGCAACCCGGAUGAAAACGACCAACUGGCUUCUUCACACCGGUAUCGGAUUGCUGCUGCCCAGCUUCUUUCAAGCGGUUGGCCAUCGGCAUCGAGUCGAGCGAUUUGGUAUCGAAUUCUGGGCUUCCGUGCUUUUCGUGAUACAUCCCAUUCAUACGGAAGCCGUGGCCGGGAUCGUGGGCAGAGCUGAGCUCCUGGCCACGGUUUGGUUUGUUCUAGCUGUACUCGUCUACUGUAGCUUGUUCGAAGAUCAAAAACGAGUCCCCGCCUACACCAAACAAGCUAUCGUACUUGCAGCAGUAUUUAUACUAACAGGCAUAGCAGUGCUCUGUAAAGAAACCGGCGUAACAAUUCUGGCCAUGUGUGCCAUACUGGACGUGCUGUCCAACGUCGAUUUGCGCCGCCCCUGGAGCACUCUAGUCAACAAUAAAGCCCUCAUCGCCCGGCUCAUAACCCUAUUCCAGAUGUCCUGUCUCGUUAUCUACAUUCGCCUGUGGGUGCAAGGCUUUACUCGGCCACAGUUUCGCGACAAAGAUAACCAGGUGGCCGCCAGUCAUGGCAUGGUCAAGCUAUUAUCCCAGAGCUACCUUUACUCCUUGAAUCUGUGGCUAAUGCUGUGUCCCGAUUGGCUCAGCUUCGAUUGGGCAUUGGAAUCGAUUCAACUGCUGAAAACUGGAACAGAUUUCCGGAUACUGUUUGUGCUACUCUUCUAUACAUUCCUAGGACUGUUUGUCUAUCGCCGUCGCUUCCAUGCACAAUUUUUAAAGGCCCUUGCCCUCAUGGUAGUACCGUUUUUCCCCGCCAGUGGCCUAAUUCGGGUCGGUUUCGUUAUCGCCGAACGCAUUCUAUACAUUCCAUCUCUGGGAUUCUGCUAUCUGAUAGCUUUAGGAUAUAGUCGCUUGUUUAGGAAGUAUCGCCGAAUUGCCAUCGCGGGACUCCUCCUGCUCUCUACUAUUUUUAUACUAAGAACCAUCCAACGGGCCUCGCACUGGUCCACCGAACACCAACUGUUUCGAUCAGCACUGCGAGUUGUACCGAACAACGCCAAAGUCUAUUACAACAUCGCCAGGCUAGCCACCGAUCAGGGUGAUAAGCAGACGGCUUUCGAGUUUUACGAACAUGCGAUAAAACUCUAUCCGGAGUACGAGGCUGCUCAUAUGAACCUCGGGAAUCUCUAUCGGGAGGAGCAAAAUUACCGACUAGCGAUGGAACAUCUGAGAAGGGCGAUCGAACUGCACGAGGAUUUCCACACCGCGUGGAUGAACUUGGGAAUCGUUUAUGCCGCCCUAAAGAACCAUCAGGAUGCGCUGACCUGCUACCAGCGAGCACUGAAGAAACAACCGCACUAUCCCAACUGUGUGUUCAAUUUGGGUAAUUUGUACCACGACACCGGCAACCUCAGCAUGGCGUUGGCCACCUGGAACGAAACGAUCCGACAGGACCCGCAUCAUAUCAAGGCCUGGAAUAACAUGAUCAACGUGUACGAUACCACCAACCAACAGAGAGACAUCCUGGCUCUCACCGCUCGGGCCCUCCAGUAUCUGCCCGGCAAUCCAACGCUGCUGGCAGCAAGAGCCACAGCCCUGGCCAAAAUGGGACAGUUCUCGCAAGCGGAACAGAUCUACGCCAGCUUGGUGCAAGCCCACCCUCGGGUAGAGAAAUACCUGCAAAAUAUGGGCGUCCUGUACCACCGCUGGGGCAAACUGGAUCAGGCCGAACGACUCUACAACGAAGCGCUCAAACUCAAUCCGACUUCGGAAAUGGCAAAAACUAAUCUUGCCAAACUACGCUCAUCUCGUCAUAAACGAAGCAAUUAAUAUUAAGACUUUUUAAAGGAAACGAUUUUAACCUCGAAUAAAAUACGUAG